GUUGGCAAUGGGUAUACAGACGGCCGCAGGGGCGGCGGCGGCGGCAGCAUCGGCAGGAGCGGCGGCGGCGCGGACGGGUUCGGCCAGAGCGCCGUCACCGACAGCAGCAUCGGCGGGAGCGGAGGUGGUGCGGACGGCUUCGGCCAGAGCGCCGUCCCCGACAGCACCAUCGGCGGUGGCGGCAUCGGUGACGGGGGGAACGGCAGCAGCAGCAGUAGCGGAGUCCCCGGUCGCUGCGUUGGCGUCGGGUAUCCAGACGGCCGCAGCGGCGGCGGUAGUGACAUCGAUGAUGGGGGUAACGGCAACGGCGAUAGCAGCAGCGGCGUCCCCGGUCGCCGCAUUGGCGUCGGGUGUCCAGACGGCCGCAGGGGCGGCGGUGGCGGCACCGGUGACGGAGGUAUGUGACGACGAGUUGGAGGAUGCGGUUGGUGCGACAACCAUGCCAUUGCCAGUCCUCGAGGAGCUUGAUAUCCAAUGUGCUGGGGGGGACGUGAGCAACAGCAGCAUCAGCAGCAGCAGUAGCAGCAGCUGCAGCAGCGAGGACAGCGGCGGCGAUGAGAGCGGGGACGAGGGGUUGGAUGAAACCUGGAGUGGAGCCCCGACGCACCCCUUCGACCCGGGUACGACAUCUUCGCGUGGCGCGAGGAGACGGGGGGCGGUACCAGGGGUGACGUACCCCUUCGAUAGGGGCAGGAACGGAAGUGGCAGCUCCGGCGGCGGUAACGGCGGCACCGGCGGCAACCGCAGCAGCGACGGGAGUGGCGGAGCUCCGACGGCAGCAGAAGACGGCAGCGGCGACUUUGGCCAGAGCCCCGUCGGCAGCAGCGGCGACAACGGCGGCGGUAGUAGGGCGGCAGCAGUGACGUCACUGGCAGCCGUGUUGGUGCUGGAACUCAUGACGGUCGUGGCGGCGGGGAACGGCAACGGCGGUGAUGGCAGCGGCGGCAGCAGCGGUGGCGCCCUUGAGUCGACCGGGAACGGGGAGGACACGGCGACAGCGACGAUNCGGAGCUCCGACGGCAGCAGAAGACGGCAGCGGCGACUUUGGCCAGAGCCCCGUCGGCAGCAGCGGCGACAACGGCGGCGGUAG